GCCUGUUGAACUGUCAGAUAGUAGCAGAAUCACUGGACUGUCAUUACUGUAGACACAUGUGCUGACGGGACUCCGUCUUCUGGAGAGGAGCACUCAUAGCUGUGUUGCACACUCACACACACACUAGUUUCACUUCAGACUAUCGCCUGACUAUGGAUGUCCCAAAAGACAGAAUCAAUAGUGUGAAGAACACAACAAUGCUCCAUUGAUACUGAGAGGACUUUAAAACAACAAGAGUAACAUGGCAAUGAAAUCGUUAUUACAACCGAGCCGGAUGGACAGCAGUGGUAGCUUUCUUCAGCUUGUCGAUGCAUUUGCAUUGUCACUGGGUGCAUUGGAGCAGCAAAUGGUUCGUGCUGCGCAGGAAAAAGACAGAGAUCCAGACAGAGGUCCAGACACUGCUAUGCUCAUAGAGAUAGAGGGAGAGAUGAGCGCUUUGUGUCUACAUUAUCCUGUAGUUGAUGGGGAUGGUACGAGCAUAAGUGUGAGUGUCUUGGACAAACUGAUACACACACACCCCAUCUGGCUUCUGCUUUCGAUCGACCAGCAAGAGGCCACUGGCAUCCUACUGCAGCAACCAGCUGGGGUGUUUUUAGUGUGGAAAUCAUCUGUCCUCCAAAAGAAGGUCCUGUCAUUCCACAUGGACGGUAGCUCAGACUCCUCCGUCAUUCACAUCCCUGUAAAGGAGAGCCAGUACACAUUUUCUCUACAGGGCUCAGGAAUCAGUUUUGCUGACCUCUUUCGUCUUGUGGCCUUUUAUUGUAUCAGCAGAGACAUUCUGCCGUUUACCCUGAAGCUUCCUGAGGCCAUCCACUCAGCUGAGACCCUGUCAGAUCUAUAUGAAGUGGCUCAGCAAGGAGCAGCGUUCUGGGAAUCCUCUCUCAACAAACAACAAGGGACACUCUCUGCCCCAGACAGUUCUCUUGUUCAGGACAACUGCUCCAAUGUUUUACAGAUAGAAGAUCAAACCUGCACACCAAUUGGGAAGCUAAAUGUCCCACUACCACUGACCGACACCUGCCCUAAUACCUCAGAAGGUGAAAGAAGUUGCUCCAGCAGUGCUUUGUCUUUUAUCAACCCUGUCUUUCUCAAGACACAGCAAGAUGUCACAGGAAAUUCAGAAACAGUGAUCUCAAAGGACCCAGCAGCAGAAAACGGAAAAUCUCGACCCCCUCCUCCACCAAGACCACCUCCUCCUUGUAUUUUGGUUCAUAGCCCUACUGCAUCCCCAAGUCCGAGGACUAUGCCUUUGAGUGCUGGCAUUACCAGAAUGAGUCAGAGACACAAUCCUCCACCACGACCUCCACAAGCACCAGACAUCGACAGCUACCGCUGCACCAUUGCGUUAGAUGACGAGACCAUCUCUAGAGCCCUUUCUCAAGCCAAUCGGAACCAUACCACUCUUUUUAAACCGGCCAGCAGUUCCGUCCUGCAGCAAUGGACCGGACCCGAAGAGAAAGGGCGAAGCUUAAGUGGCCAAAGCAUGUCCACUUCCUCAUCGGACUCUCUGGAUUCUCCUCCGCAUCCUCUCCCUUUGGGACUAUCCCAAAGUGUUGGCAAAGGCCUCUCCACGGAUGACAGCAGUGAUGAAUAUGACGACGAGGAGGACGACUACGGUGUGGCACUUGAAAGGGAUCUGCAUCUUCGCCUUCGUGCUUCCCGCAUGUCAAAGAAACUCCUGACGGUCGAACUAGUUGGAGCACGUCCAAGACCCCUUGUUAUCCCAAGAGCACUAAAGGGACACUUCUGUAAGGUCCGAGGUGUUUUCAGUGUACUGGCUACACCUGAAAAACGCAUCUUGCUCCGGAUCAUUGCGUUGUCCCAAGACAAAACUUCCUACUUUGGGUGCCUGGUGCAGGACUAUGUGAGCUUUGUGCAGGAGAAUAAAAACUGCCACUCGUCCAGCCAGGAUCUUCUGCAGACCAUCCGGCAGUUCAUGACCCAGAUGAAAGCUUACCUCAAACAGAGCUCGGAAAUGAACCCACCUAUAGAGUCAUGCAUACCCGAGGACCAGAUAGAUCCAGUGUUGGAGAAGGCCAUGCAUAAGUGUGUGCUGAAACCUCUGUACAGCUGCUUGCAGUCAGUGCUGCAUGACUUCCAGGUGGCCGAUGGAGUGUGGCAGAGGCUGCAGGAGAAUCUGGCCCUGGCCAAGACCAAACAGCCUCAUGAGCUGGGCGUGAAUGGAGCCCGGCCACCAGACGCCCACGCCAUCCACAGGAUCCACCGAAAACUCCAAGCCAUGUGCCGAAUGUACUCACCUGAGAGGAAGAUUAUAGUGCUGUUAAAAGUCUGCAAACUCAUCUACAAUAUUAUGCAAGACCAUGAAGUGCGGAUGUUUGGAGCAGAUGAUUUCCUGCCCAUGUUGACAUAUGUGUUGGUCCAGUGUGACAUGCCUCGGUUGGACACUGAGAUCCUGUAUAUGAUGGAGCUGAUAGAUCCCCCAUUACUGCAUGGAGAAGGAGGAUAUUACCUCACCAGUGCAUACGGAGCAAUGUCACUGAUUAAGAACUUCCAGGAGGAGCAGGCUGCAGGAAUACUAAGCUCUGCAACACGCGGCACACUCCACCAGUGGCACCAGCGUCGCACACUGCAGAGAAACCUGCCCUCAGUGGACGACUUCCAGAACUACAUGCGAGUGGCUCUGCAGAAGGCAGAUAGCGGCUGCACGGCUAAAACCCUUAAGGUGCAGCCCUACGCCACGACGGAAGAAGUGUGCCGCCUUUGUGCGCUCAAAUUCCGCGUGUCUGAUCCAGAAAACUACGGCCUCUUUCUCUACACGGAUGACAGCAGCCAGCAGCUGGCCGCAGACACACACCCUCAGUGGAUAAAGUCAGAGCUACAUAGUCGACCGAACCGUCAACACUUUUACUUUGUCUACAAAUCGAUACCCAACAUGAACUGUUCCACUCCUUCGUCUUGAGUGCAGGACGUUUCCUGAACACUCAAUAGCCAGAAAUUUUUUAUUGAGGGUGUGGCUUUAAGGAAUGUGUAUAAAGAUCGUAAAAUGAAAAGUCUCAUGGACACAGUGGCUCAAAAAAGAAUUAUGUAAUUGCCACUUUACAUGAAUAGAAACAUUCCACUUAAUGCUUGCAGUCAAUUUGUGUAAAAAUGAGAAUUCACAAUGGUUAUUUUCUUAUUUUUAUAAUUAUUUACUUAUCUUUCCCACUAAAGGGGUCCAAAUGAUGUUAUUUCUUGGGUAUCAUAAUUUCAGGCAAUAUUGUUGUUGUUUUUUUUGUUUUUUGUUUUUUGUAAUGUGGGAGAGUUAAGUAGCAACAGGCUUGCAGGCAAAAUUCAGAAGACUGCUAAAUAUAUUUUUGGUUUGAAUAAUGAUAAAUAUUUUUAGUUUCACAGAUUAAAGUUGUAACGUUUGAUAAUGCAUAAUUGUAUGAUAAUAUAACUACAGUAGUUCAUAUUACAAAUCUGAAAAUAUAUAUUUUUAUAUACGUAGUGUGAAACCAAAGGGUGCUAUAUUUUUAGAAAGUCACAUACAUGCAUAUUACAUUAUGUAAAAUAGUGUUUAUUCACAUUGUUAUGAUUUGAAUAGAAAUGUUUAAUAUAAAAGGCAUUUAUUGGGUAUUGUAAGUUACGUGGCAUUGAACCUGUGAGUAUAUUUUUUUUUCCUUUGAUUCAAUAUGAAUUCAAUAUAGCAUCUUUCCCCAAAAAAGCCAGGACUGCAAUGACAGCGAUAUUAUGCCAUUGUUCUGCAUGUACAGAGGUGUCAGGGAUUCUCUCUAGUUAACCUUUAGAGUUCUGUAUAUAAUCUUUAAGCUAUUUUUGCAGUCAGUGUUGAAGUAUUCGUCAGAAGACUUGUCUCCUCUGCCAUCAAGAGAUUCAAUCAACACAUCAGUGUGAAAAUUCUUUGAAGGAAGAAGCUUUCAAAAUGUGAGCUUCAGAAGAGAUGAUGCCUGAUCAUGUGGUUGCUUUUUCUUUAGCACAAUAGAGAUGCGUUAGUGUGACCUUGCAAACUGUUAAAUUGGCAGGAGAAGCUUUUUUUCUCACUUUGUUCUUGUGAAAUAAGAAUACUUUAUACUUCAGCCAAUGUCUAAAUGUGCUACACAAUAAAUGUUAUAUAUUUUUGUGCCAUAACAUGUACAACGCACUUAGUGCAGAGAAUGUGAUUUUUACCCGUUUCCUGAACACUGAACUUGUGCGUAUUUUAUUCCCUUUGUGGUUAUUUGCACUGCAGGAAAUAAAGAGUGUCUUUAUUCUUUU